UUCCUGGAUCCUAAUGGCUCUGCUCCGACGCCCGACGGUGUCCAGUGAUGUGGAAAAUAUUGACAAAGAAAUUAAUUCUAAAACUAAGAGUCAUGUGACGAUUAGACGGGCAGUUUUAGAAGAAAUUGGAAAUAGAGUUACAAGCAGAGCAACACAAGUAGCUAAGAAAGCUCCGAACACUAAAGUACCAGUUCAAACCACCAAAACAACAAAUGCCAAGAAACAACUGAAACCUACUGCUUCUGUGAAACCAGUACAGAUGGAAAUGUUGGCUCCAAAGGGUCCAUCUCCCCUCCAUGAGGAUGUCUCCAUGAAGGAAGAGAAGCUGUGUCAAGCUUUCUCUGAUGCCUUGCUCUGCAAAAUCGAGGAUAUUGACCAUGAAGAUUGGGAGAACCCUCAGCUCUGCAGUGACUAUGUGAAGGACAUCUAUCAAUAUCUGAGACAGCUUGAGGUUCUGCAAUCCAUAAAGCCACAUUUUUUAGCUGGCAGUGAUAUCAAUGGACGCAUGCGUGCCAUCCUGGUGGACUGGCUGGUGCAAGUUCACUCCAAGUUUAGGCUUCUACAGGAGACACUGUACAUGUGUAUUGCCAUCAUGGACCGCUUCCUGCAGAUUCAGCCAGUCUCUCGUAAGAAGCUUCAACUGGUUGGCAUUACUGCUUUGCUCUUGGCUUCCAAGUAUGAGGAGAUGUUUUCUCCAAAUAUUGAAGACUUCGUUUAUAUCACAGACAAUGCUUAUACCAGCCCCCAAAUCCGAGAAAUGGAAACUCUAAUUUUGAAAGAAUUGAAAUUUGAAUUGGGUCGACCCUUGCCCCUGCACUUCUUAAGACGAGCAUCGAAAGCUGGGGAGGUUGAUGUUGAACAGCACACUUUAGCCAAGUAUUUGAUGGAGCUGACUCUCAUUGACUAUGACAUGGUGCAUUAUCACCCUUCUAAGAUAGCAGCCGCCGCUUCCUGCUUGUCUCAGAAGAUUCUAGACCAAGGAAAAUGGAGCUUAAAGCAGGAAUAUUACACUGGAUACACAGAGAGCGAAGUACUGGAAGUCAUGCAGCACAUGGCCAAAAACGUAGUGAAAGUCAACGAAAACCUAACGAAAUUCAUCGCCAUCAAGAAUAAGUAUGCCAGCAGCAGACUGCUGAAGAUUAGCACCAUUCCACAGCUGAACGCCAAAGCCAUCAAAGACCUUGCCUCACCGCUGAUGGGAAGACCCUAGACUGUGGUGGCC